CAGUGCACAUCCUGCUCUUCAGCUGUUCAGUGCCACCAUGUGUGAUUUUGAAGAUCAUGGAGGCCAUCAGGAGGAGGAGGAUGAGGAGCAGGGAGAGGGAGAAGAACGGCCCAAAUACAAGCCACUGGUCACACAGCUCGCUGCCCCUAAAAUCCCUGAGGGAGAGAGGGUCGACUUUGACGAUAUCCAUCGGAAAAGGAUGGAGAAAGACCUUCUGGAGCUGCAGACUCUGAUUGAUGUCCACUUUGAGCAGAGGAAGAAAGAGGAAGAGGAGCUGAUUGGACUCAAAGACAGGAUUGAGAGCCGCCGGGCAGAGAGAGCUGAGCAGCAGCGUGUGAGGGCUGAGAAAGAGCGCGACAGACAGACACGUAUCGCGGAGGAGAGACAGAGGAAAGAGGAUGAAGAGGCCAAGAAGAGGGCAGAUGAUGAGGCCAAGAAGAAGAAAGUGCUCUCCAACAUGGGGGCCCACUUCGGAGGGUUCCUGGCCAAGGUAGAGCAGAGGCGAGGCAAAAGGCAAACCGCCAGGGAAAUCAAAAAGAAGACCCUGGCAGAGAGACGCAAGCCGCUGGCCAUUGAAAACCUGAGAGAGGACGGCCUCAGAGAGAGAGCCAAGGAGAUGUGGGAGUGCAUCUACCAGCUGGAGUCAGAGAAGUUUGACCUGACUGAGAAGAUGAGGAGGCAGAAGUAUGAGAUCAAUGUCCUCCUGAACAGAAUCCAACAUGCUCAGAAAUUCAAAAAGGGCCACGGCAAGGGCAAGGUUGGCGGCCGCUGGAAGUGAACUCACACAGAAAUCACAAAGAAGCAACAGGACGGUUCACUAGUUUCAGGACAAGGUCGCAGCAGUUUUGCAGUGUUCAUGACUCAAGCUAAGAGAGAGACAAGAUAUUUUUGUGUGGCGUUUAUUGAAAUACAUCCACUUGCAUCUGUAAUUAUUAAAGCGUAUGCAUAA